UGGGGGUGGGGAACCAUGGCUGAGAUUUCAUCUUGCCAAGCAAACUACCUUUUUACGUGUCUGAUUCCUGGUUUUUGUUUUAAGAUUUUUUUUCUUUAUUUCUCCCCCCCCUUCACCCCUGCCCUUUCUUGACUCAUACCUGCUCCUGCUGGCCAGACCACAGCAGGGGAAACUGGAACUUUUGAAUAUGAAGAAAGAAAUUAUUGUGCAUUUUUUUUCUUGCAGGUUCAGAAAUAUCCGUUCAUUCUUUAACCUCAGAGAUGGGAGGAAAAAGGAAACGUGUAGAUGCCUGGGUUACAUUUAUGCUGUAGUUGCAAACACGGAUGAAGAUUUGCCGAAUUUUGCCAAGCAGCCCACCAACCACCCUGAGAUCCUGCAAAAUUUGCAAGUGGAAAGACCCUCGCUCUCACGUGGCAAUAUUUUGGAUAUUCUUGAAAAUGACAGUAAGCCUUGCUAGUGACUAAGAAGAGGUUAAACCAGAUUGAUAUUCAUCCAAACUGAUUUUGUUAAAACAGAUGCCUGGCUUGCAUAGGGGAAAAUGGGAGCUAUGGAAGAAUCAUCUAAACUGCCAGGCAAACCAUCAUCAACCUCCAAAAUGGUCUGCACCAUAUAGCAGCGCUUUCUUUUCCUCGUUUUUAUGUGAAACUUGUGGAAGCACCUUGGGACUUUCCAUUUUCUUCCCUUUGCUGCAGCAGGAAGGAACUGGCUCCCUGGAAGUCUGCUCUGUGAAAGGCAAGACGGUGGCUAAAUCGUGUGCUUGACACUCUAGAACGAUCCCACCUCUAGUCCAGGCUGGUUAAUCUUAAAAGUGUACACAUUUCUGGCUUAUCUAUGCUUUGUUAUGGGUCUGACGUGAAACCACCUCCUCCCAACCCCACUGGCCAGCAGAGAACAGAAAUCCAGUUGAAUUGUUACAUGUUCCUGGGCUGGAGCCUUGAACUGCUUUCUUGGUCAAACAACUUUGUUUCUGGUUGUAAAAGGGCAUUGGGGGGCGGGGGAGUCGAGAGAAUUUGCAAACGUAAGUCUGUGCUGGGGUGGUUCACCUCUCGGUUUAACUUCGGAGCUCCCAGUCUGUCUCCUUCCCCACUCCCAUAAGGGAAAUACCAGGCUAUUCUGGCACGUUUUCCCUUAAGCUUCAUUUUCCAAAGAAAAGAGGGGUGGGGUAUAUCUAUUUGGGCUUAAUAAUGUUUUUAAAAUGCUUUCCUUUGAAACGAUAAUAGCUGUAUCGGUAAAAUGCAAAUAAAGCAAAAAAUAGGCAGUAUUUCUUUAAAGGGGAAUAUACGGUGCUUUUUUUUUUUUUGCGUACACACACACACACACUCACUGCUUCUGAUGAAGUCUGUGAGUCAGGCUGUUUCUGAGCUCCGAUAGUUUAAUGGAAAGAUUUAUAUACCGGCUGUAUUAUUUACUUUGGGAGGGGAGGUGGCAGUAUAAGGGUAUGCUAAUUAGUAGGAGAUUUUGGGGGGAAGGGGUGGAAUAUCAAUUUUUAUUGCAUCACCUGUCAGGAGUGUCCAAUCAGCGUUGGCUUUAGGGGAAUUAAUUGAUGAAGGUGUCUCCGGACGAGCUCACUUCACUCUGUCAUUUUAUUUGUAGCUAAAGCAGCGGCGGGAAUAGCAGCUGCAUUUCUUUUCUCUUUCUCCCUUCACAUUCCAUUAUCAUAGUGCUCCAAUGGAGAAGGAAGGAGUAGAGGGGCCCAGGUACUGAUCUGCAUCGAGGACUCAGACCAACACACUGGCAGACCUGAAAUCGGAUGGUUUUCUCCCUCUUUUUUAAAAAAACGAAAACCAAAAAAAAAGCAAGAAUCAAGUCAGUGUAAUUUCAUGGGGUUUUUCUCCCCCCCAAUAAUUCGCCUAGAGUUUGGCACUCCCUUCGCCGGGAAUAACAGUCUUUGUUAUUUUAUUAGCAGGAUGCCUUGAGACACACGCAGCAUCUGGCGGAGGAUUAACAUACAUACAUGUGUAUGUAUGCGUCACGUAUAUAUUUACUGCAAAUGGUGGGGAUCAUUUAGUGCCCGAGAUGGGAGACCUGAAGUCAGGUUUCGAAGAGGUGGAUGGCGUGAGGCUCGGCUACCUCAUCAUUAAAGGAAAGCAAAUGUUUGCUCUCUCCCAAGUCUUCACAGAUCUGCUGAAAAACAUCCCGAGGACGACCGUGCACAAGCGCAUGGAUCAUCUGAAAGUGAAAAAGCACCACUGCGAUCUGGAGGAGUUGCGGAAACUCAAAGCAAUCAACAGUAUUGCCUUCCACGCGGCCAAAUGCACGCUCAUCUCCCGGGAAGACGUAGAAGCGCUCUAUACCUCCUGCAAAACCGAGCGUGUGCUCAAGACCAAGCGCAGGAGGGUCGGUCGGGCCCUGGCCACAAAGGCGCCGCCGCCUGAGCGCGCCGCCGCCGCCAGCCCCCGCCCGGCUUUUUGGAAGGACAAGCACCAACUUUGGCGGGGCCUAAGCGGAGCCGCGCGGCCCCUGCCAAUCAGCGCGCAGUCCCAGCGUCCGGGCGCCGCCGCUGCGCGCCCCGCCGCCCAUCUACCUCAGAUUUUUAGCAAAUACCCGGGCUCGCACUACCCGGAGAUCGUUCGCUCGCCUUGCAAACCCCCUUUAAACUAUGAAACUGCCCCGCUCCAGGGAAACUACGUCGCCUUCCACUCGGAUCCCGCUUAUUUUCGGAGCCUGCUGUGCAGCAAGCACCCGGCGGCCGCCGCCGCCGCCGCCGCCGCCGCUGCCGCUGCCGCCGCCGCCGCCGCUGCCGCCGCUUACUACCAGGCGUCGGCGGCCGGGCCCCAGCCCAAGGCGGCGACCGGAGCGGGAGGCCCGGUGAGCCUGACCUACCGCUGCAAGCGCAAACGCGGGGGCGCCAAGAACUGCCUGCUCGCGCCUCACGCCGGCGCCCGGAGACUGCUGCUGCUGCCCAGGUCCUACAAAGCCAAGGCGGCGGCGGCGGCGGCAGCGGCGGCGGCGGCGGCGGCGGCCGGAGCCACUUGCUUGGAGAGGUUUCAUCUGGUCAACAGCUUCUGCCCGCCUCCCCACCACCACCACCACCACCACCACCAUCACCAUCACCACCACCAUCGGGCCCAGCAGCCAACGCCGAGUCACCACCCCCCUCACCACCACCGACCGCAGCCCCAUCUAGGAAGCUUUCCCGAGAGUUGUAGCAGCGACUCCGAGUCCAGCUCCUACUCCGACCAUGCAGCCAACGACUCGGAUUUUGGCUCCAGUGUGUCCAGCUCCAGCAACUCCAUGUCCUCAGAGGAAGAGGAGGAGGAAGGAGAGGAGGAGGAGGAAGAGGAGGAGGAGGAAGAGGGGGGCAGCGGGGCCUCGGAUUCCAGUGAAAUCAGCUCCGAGGAGGAGGACUCAUCCACCGAGUCAGACUCCAGCUCCGGCUCCAGCCAAGUGUCAGUGCAGAGCAUCCGUUUCAGGCGCACCAGCUUCUGCAAGCCUCCCAGCGUGCAGGCGCAGGCCAACUUCUUGUACCAUCUGGCCUCCGCCGCCGCUGCAACCAAACCCGCUGCUUUCGAGGAUGCCGGCCGACUUCCCGACCUCAAGAGUAGUGUCAAAGCCGAGUCGCCAGAGGAGUGGAAUCUGCAGGGCUGGGCUCCCAAAGGGGCUCCGGUGUACUGCCCGGCCAGCAUGGGGAGUUGUUUCCAGGAGAUAAGAAGCGAUAGGGUAUCUGAGAUUACAUUCCCACACUCUGAAAUUUCCAGUACUGUAAAGAGAACUGACCUGACAAUUAACUGCCUGGCAGAGGGGGCCUCUUCACCUAGCCCAAAGACAAACAAUGUAUUUCCACAACAAAGAAUACUCCGAGAGGCGAGGAAAUGCCUGCAAGCAACUCCUACUACACACUGUUCAGAUAACAACACAGUAGCUGCUAGGUUCUUAAAUAAUGAUUCUUGUGGAACAGAAACAAAUUCAGGAAAAGAUUCCAAAAUCCCUCAUUGUCUUGAAUUUGCUACGGAUUUGGCCUCUUCACAAAUUGAUCCCCAAGUGGAUGCAGCAGCAGCAACUAAAGCUGAGAAUCUCUGCACUGACACAGGCGACAAGACAUUGCCAUUUCUGCACAAUAUUAAAAUCAAAGUAGAAGACAGUAGUGCUAAUGAAGACUAUGAACCUGAUCUUGUUACAAAUAAGCUAAAGUGCGAGUGCAAUGAUACAAAGGGUGAGUUUUACAGUGUGGCUGAGAAGAAAGAGGAGGACGCCUUUUUAACCACAGCCAAGGAAGGUUUUGCAUGCCCUGAGAAAGAAACUCCUUCCUUAAAUCCACUGGCUCAGAGUCAGGGCCUUUCAUGCACUUUAGGAUCUCCAAAACCUGAGGAUGGGGAAUAUAAAUUUGGUGCCAGGGUGAGGAAAAAUUACCGGACACUAGUACUGGGUAAACGACCAGUCCUUCAGACACCUCCAGUCAAACCAAAUUUGAAAUCAGCUAGAAGCCCUCGUCCUACAGGUAAAACUGAGACACAUGAAGGAACACUGGAUGACUUUACAGUUUUAAACAGACGCAAAAAGGUAGCCAGCAAUGUAGCAUCAGCAGUGAAAAGGCCAUUUAAUUUCAUGGCAAAUUUUCCUUGUCCACCAUCACUCAUUAUUGGGAAGGAUGGGGAUUUGUGGCCAGCGUAUUCCUUAAAUACCACUAAGGAUUCCCAACCUCCUCACAGGGCCCAUCCUAUAUGGAAAUGGCAGCUGGGCGGCUCUGCAAUACCUCUUCCACCUAGUCACAAAUUCAGGAAAUUUAAUUCAUAAAAAAUGUUUUGGAAGAUAUUUUCUUGAACCAUAUUACCUUCCUUUUGUUGUAAACUGCACAGGAUGGCUUGUACAAGUCCAUUAAUGGUGUUACACCCCCCUUUGGAGUCCUGGUUUAUCGCAUUUUGAAGACAGAAAUCGGAUUACUUUUUUUCCCAUUGCGGGUUUUUUUUUUUUUGGUAGGGUGGGGGCGGGGUGGGAGAAGGGUUGGUUUACAUACCACAGACUACUUCAGGCUAAAGACUCAAGUAAAACUCAGUUAUUAUGGUAGAGCUGGAACACUUUACUGUUUCAAUGCUAAUAAUGCACCGGUACCUCAAUUCAACUGCUACAAAUAAAUGUCAAAAGGUUGAAUAAUAAAUAUUACAAUGAGCCAUUAAGUUUAUGCACUAGAUUUCAGACCUGAAAGUGUAACUGGUAUUCAGUGAAAGUUUGUUAGGUUACAUGGUUACACAAUAAGGUAGCAAGAAGUUUCUGUGAGCCCAAAAUGUAAUUUUCUGGAGCUCUUAUUUGUGGGGUGUCUUUUUAAAACUACCCUCAUUCCCUUUCCAAGAGUAGUUGCACUUAACUUUGUUUUUUUGUUUGUUUGUUUUGUUUUAAUGGAAAGAUGGGGGUAUGAGUCCUGAUUGGAUGCUAAUUAAAAAGCUGCCUCUUGUGUACAACGUAAGAGAAAUACGGGAUUUUUUUUAAGGAUGUGCUUUUUUUUUUCCUUUACAAUCACUCCUUGCAAUUGGAAAAGUCCUUUCUGUGCUCUCACCCAAACGUUUAAAAUAGGAUGACUCUUACUGUGGUCCUGCUUAUCUUGUGGUCUGAAGAUGAUUCUUCAAGCUUUCAAAACUAUUAAAACAUUUCUCUUAAUAGCAGGAUAUUUAAUGGUCUAACUCAUCAUAGUGACCAAUCAUUAAAUACAACCAAGAAAAAGAAAAAGAGGGGUCAGAGUUGUAACACCCCAAGUGAAAAAUAAACACUUAUUUCAGGGCUUUUUGGUACUAGAACUCAGGCACUUGGAUUUUAUUACCUUAUGCUUUUUUUUCCCCUGCAUCUCUCUAAACUUCUGUUUUCAGGCCAUCCUGGGUAUAGAACAGGAGAGUUUCUACUGCAAGUGACAAUCAGAGGUGACUAUCUAUAUUUGCACUUAAAAUCAAAGGAGUUCCACAUGCAAAUGGUCUACCCCUUGGUAAGGGCCAUGCUGGUGUGCUGUGUUGUAACGAUGAGAGCAGUAAAUCAAAAUUAUGGAAAUUUGCACUGUUGAAAAGCAUGCUUUAGCUUUAUUUUCAAUUAAAAACACUGUUUAAAAUUCCUGGUUCCAUACAUUUCUACUUAUUCCAGACUGAAGAAGGGUUAACAAGAAUGAAUGGUUUUGUUGACAUUUUCACUUGUAAUGUUUUUGCCUGGAAGAAAUGCACUCAUUGGGUGUAGUGUUUUGUGGUAAUACUUUGUGAUGAGACCAAUCAGGUUCUGUGCAUAACACUGGCAGAUUUUUCUCUCAAAUAACAGAAAAACUUUUCAAACUUGUUACAGACCAACUACUACAAGUUUCAUAUUUAAGAAAGUAAAGCAAAGAUUAGUUGCUAUUUUAAUUAAUGUUGAAUGCAGUAAUUAUUGGGCCACCAAGUAUGUAUCUCAGAUCCUUGUCAUCUUUAGUCUAAGAAGCUGCAUCUAUAGACCAUAAAUCACAGAGCAAAACAAAGUACCAAUGAAAUGUUUACUGUGUGAAUUUAAAUCAUUAUUUCUCAUGGAAAUUCAGCUAUUUAUUUUCCUUAACUUUUUAAUUCCUACUCCUUUUGAAAAUUUUCUUUUGUCUAUAAAUGUUUCAAAUAGUUCUGGAUGGUCUCAGGCCUAAUUGCUGUGUAUGAUCUGUGGUUUUCCCCCUGUUGUAAAGGACAUGGGCUGAAAGUACCUGCAUCCAGAUACAUUUGGAUGGAGUAAACAGAUGCUUUGGACUGCU